GUCAAACGUGAUACAAUGUGGUGGUAGCUGUAACGAUGUUUCCCCGCCUCGCGACCCACACCGGCUACCUCCUCUCCGCUCGCUAAUCUUACUCCGCGCACCGACCGUCAUCUGGCACCAACCGACUUGCCAGUGUUGUGAUGGCGCGUCAGUGGAUACAAGCUCGAAACGUAAUUCGCCGCAGAAUGCGCCAGCCGCCAAUCGUCACGCUGUUCCACCAAUCGCGGGAAGGAAUUCAACCUUACGCGCACAAACUUGCAUUGUGUCAUACUUAGUCGAUCAGUAUGAGUCAAAUUCGCAAAUAACAAACAAAAAAUUCAUCGCCGACACGUAAAUUAAACGUCUCGCGGGUUUAUUUGCAGCUCAGCGCUCCCAAUAAAUUGAAAUGAAGAAGGUGCUUACUGAAAACAGACCAGAGAGACAAUAAAAGAACGGUCCGUAUUACAUGCGUACAGUAAUUUGUGGGUAGGAGACACGCGGUGGCAAAAACAGUCAUUAAUACUUUUUACUAUAAUGAAUUUCAAGCAAUCAAAUUUAUUAUUUUAGAAGGUUAUACGACAAUUUAUAAUUGACUAAAAACAUAACUGAACUGUGAUUAAUAAUAAUUAAUAAAAACAUUAAUAAUACAUUGCUAACUUGUAUAAAGUAAAAUAAUAAUGACGUUGAGUAGGAAUUGACAGUGUUUUUGAAGUGCACUGAAGAAAGCUUCAAACGUUGUGACAGUGACUGCUUUUCGAGUUCAAAGAGCAAUGCGUACCAAAGGAAUGUACCUCACGUGGCUGAACCUGAUUUUACUAUCGGUGCUUGUCCACCACGUGGCGACUGAGUUGUCUCUGGAAGUGGAAGGCGUAAGAAGCAGUGCGAUGACACACCAGGGUCUGUACUCUUUGGACAUUGACGAAUAUGAGUUAGUUAUCCCUACGAAGGUGACAGAAGACGGCCAGUUCUUGUCACAUGAUCUAAACCAUCACCAUAGAAACGGCGAGCAAGAAUUAUAUUUCAAGACCCCUGGGCAUGGUCGAAGGAACAAGAGAAGUACGGAAGCCGUAGUGAACUAUCACAUCCCGGUCGGAAUCCUGGGACAUAAGCAGCCUCUCCAUCUGGAGCUGUGGCCCAGUAGCGACUUCUUUGCUCCUGGUCUCGUCGUGGAACGACGUACUGCCAAUCUGUCGGCUCCCAGACUUUCGCCGCCAUCUGUUCGUGCUACACGAUGCCAUUAUCAGGGUGCCAUUCGCGGCCAACCUGGUUCACAGGUUGCAGUAUCUGCAUGCAACGGACUGGCGGGCCUGUUGCGCACGGAGUAUGGCGAGCUGUGGCUGGAGCCAGUGCGCGGUCAUGGCGGAGGUCCGGGCCUUCAGCGACCGCACAUCGUGUUCAAACGCUCAGCACACAACGGCGCUAAAAAACGCAAGCGCAAGAGAAGGAAGAGGCACGAGAAGAACUGUGGAACACGUGAACCAAGGCGCCUCAUGGAAACUCGACUCGAAUGGAAGCAGCAGGUCGGAAAGGUGAAAGUGCAAGGUCGCGGCAAAUCCAGGAAGACCCGGUGGAGACGGUCUGUAAGUAAGGAACGUCACGUUGAGGCCUUGUUGGUCGCAGACACGUCCAUGAUGAAGUUCCACGAGGACGGCGACGUCGAGACAUACGUUCUCACAAUCAUGAACAUGGUCUCGGCGCUCUAUCGCGACGCCAGCAUCGGAAACAACAUAAACGUUGUUGUCGUAAGGAUCAUACUUCUGGAAGAUGACGCCGCUCAGAAAGACCUGAACAUCACAGUGAAUGCUGACGAGACCCUAGACAGCUUCUGCAAGUGGCAAAUGGGUUUGAAUCAUCCUGAGGAUUCUCAUCCGAACCAUCAUGACGUGGCUAUUCUUGUCACAAGGGAGGAUAUCUGUGCACGCCAGAACACACCAUGCAGCACACUGGGUGUGGCACAUGUGGGAGGAAUGUGCCAACCUGAUCGGAGCUGCAAUGUCAACGAAGAUAAUGGGAUCACCCUCGCUCACACCAUCACACACGAGAUGGGACACAAUUUUGGCAUGUACCACGACACAGAGAAGAUUGGCUGCAGCCGUCGCCAAGGAAACACCUUACAUGUGAUGACACCCAGCUUCGAAGCUGAUGCUAUAGAAGUAGCGUGGUCAAGCUGCAGCAGGCGUGACAUCACAAACUUCCUCGACCAAGGGAGUGGCCAGUGUCUUGAAGAUGAGCCCACGCAGAAUGAUUACAACUACCCAGAUCUCCCUCCCGGAGCGAUGUAUAAUGCAGAGCAUCAGUGCAGAUUACAGUUUGGAACACAUACGACAGCUGUGUGCACACCUCUUGAGGAGAUCUGCUCACGACUCUGGUGCGUGGUGGAAGGAGCGUGUACCACCAUGUUACGCCCUGCUGCAGCAGGAACGCAUUGUGGGAAACACAUGUGGUGCUUGAACCAGCAGUGUGUGACAAUAGGUGAAAGACCAGAAGCAAUCCAUGGUGGCUGGAGUGACUGGGGCUCAUGGAGUGAAUGUUCACGGACUUGUGGUGCUGGAGUAUCUAUCACAGAACGUCAGUGUGACCACCCAGUUCCAGCUUUUGGAGGAAAGUUCUGUGUUGGUGAACGUCGAAGAUACAGAGUCUGUAACACCGAGCCAUGUCCAGAUGGUGUGCCGAGCUUCAGGGCUGUUCAGUGUUCAAAUUAUAAUGGUCAGGAGUUUCAUGGAAGAAAUUACACAUGGCUUCCUUACUUUGACAAAACGGAACCUUGCGAACUCUACUGCACUGACACGGAUGACACUGUGAUAGUCCCAUGGGGAGAUUCUGUGAUAGAUGGAACACCAUGUAAUGUUGGCACAAGAGACAUGUGUAUUAGUGGAAUCUGUAAGCGAGUGGGUUGUGACUGGGAAGUAGACUCUGUUGCCAGGGAGGACAGAUGUGGAGUUUGCCAUGGUGAUGGGAGUCAGUGCAAAACUCAGAAGGGAGUGUAUACCAAGAGAGAAGGAACAGGUUAUAAAGAAAUUGUGGUCAUCCCUGCUGGCUCCAGAAACAUUAAAGUUGAAGAGGUUGGCAACUCGAGGAAUUAUAUUGGUAUUGGGAGUGCUACCUCUGGGAGGUUCUUCCUGAAUGGGAAACGACAGAUCACUUUGGCCGGAGAGUACCAGGUGGCAGGCACGCCUGCACUUUAUGAGAGAGAGAGGGACUGGGAGAAAGUCCGCAUCCCUGGACCAAUCAAAGAGGAUAUAUUAAUCUAUCUUAUCUACCGAGGCAGAUACCGUAAUUUUGGAUUAAAAUACGAGUACACAGUCCCAAGAAAGAAACCUUUACGUGUGCCAGAGUACAACUGGAUCUUCUCGGACUGGUCACCUUGCUCUGCGACAUGUGGUGGUGGUUCACAGGCAUCACAUCCAGUGUGCCAAGAGAAAGAGGAAGGGGCAGUGAGAGAUGAACUCUGCAAUAACACAAUAAAACCUGACCAGCUCGUGCGAGUAUGCAACACACAUCAAUGUCCUGCUAGAUGGUGGAUUGGUCCCUGGCAGUUGUGUCCAGUGACUUGUGGGGAGUAUGCCAUGAGGAAACGCACAGUGAUGUGCGUUGUUCUUCAUUCUGAGGGUUCUGAUGGUCGUGAGAUGGCUCUUCCAGACAGAGACUGUGAAGGGCAGGAGAGACCUGGAGAACAUGAACCUUGCCCCAACUUACCACCGUGUGCUACCUCCUCGACUUCAAGUCCUUCUCCUGACUAUGCAGCUACUUCUGGCUUCAUAUCUACUUCAACGGCACCUCUAUCAGAAGACGAUUUCAUUAUUGAUCAUGGUGAUACUGAUGAAGAAGAGUUUGGAAUAUUAAAUUCAAAUUCCAGUUCAGUAACAUCAGACACAGAUGACUCAUUGCAGGAUGAAGAGAUCCUACUUAACAGUAUUACGACUGACAGAACUUACGAGAAUAUUGUACAGUUUGUGCACAGUGGCGAGAAUUCGUCUGCUAACACGGUGCAUGAUAGUGGAAGGAGAGAUGAGAGAGUAAAUGUGGGUGGUUGGGCAGUGACACCUUGGAGUCCUUGUUCCGUGACAUGCGGUUCAGGUGUUAGGACUAGGAGUGUUGUGUGUACUAAGCAACAUGGCAUAUGUAGUCUGAAUAUCAAACCUAUUGUUUCAGAGUACUGCCACACUCGACAGCAUUGCAGCUAUCAGCAAGGACUGGGCUGGAGAUCAGAAGUUCCUACAGACUGUGAAGACAAGUUAUUGUCUAGCCUGUGCAGCUCAUUCCGACACAUGUGCCCCACGUCAUGGUACAUCAGAAUGAAGUGUUGCAAUACCUGCAGAUAACAUUACUGUAAUGAUGUAAAUUCCUUAGUGUCUGUAAUAAAGUUGCUCUUUAUUGUAAC